AUGGCUGAGCAGCAUUCAAGUUAUGCCUUCGCAACUCGUGCCCUGCACGUUGGACAAGAUUCAGCUCAAUGGAAGUCGAGGGCCGUGGUGCCGCCCAUAGUCAUGGCCACUACAUUUGCCCAAUUUGAACCGGCUGUCACAGCGAGAUUUGAAUAUGGUCGUAGUGGAAAUCCAACUCGAAAUUCGCUCGAGUUGUGUAUGGCGUCUCUAGACAAAGCUAAACACUCUUUGAUUUUCAGUUCAGGAGUUGCUUGCGAAGUAAACAUAACCCAUUUGCUUCAAGCAGGCGGUCACAUCAUAACCGACACACAAGUCUACUGCGGCAUCGAUCGAUACUUUCGCAAAUGUGCUUCCAAGUUUGAUUUGACCAUCGACUAUGUAGACUUUUGCGAUCUUAAUCAAGUUGCAAAAGCGGCUGAGUCCAAUUUGCAGCGUGGUUCAAAGAGUGGUCUGGUCUGGUUGGAGUCUCCCACCAAUCCGCUUUUAAAGGUGACUGACAUCAGAGCAGUCACCAGUACAUUGAAGAACAUAAAUCCCAAUGUGAUUAUCGCCAUUGACAACACCUUCAUGAGUCCUUAUUUUCAAAGCCCACUCGAGCUAGGCGUCGAUCUGGUCAUGACCUCCAUUACCAAGUAUGUCAAUGGCCAUUCGGAUGUCGUUAUGGGCAGCAUUUCAACCAACCGAACAGAGCUGUAUGAUCGACUUAAAUAUCUGCAAAAUGCAAUUGGAGCCGUUCCAUCGCCGAUAGACUGCUUCAUGGUGAAUCGAUCUAUCAAAACGCUGGCCUUGCGAAUGGAAAAACACCAGAAAAAUGCAAUGGCUGUGGCAUUGUUUCUAGAGAGCCAUCCCCUGGUGAAACGUGUCUUGUAUCUGGGUCUAGAGUCGCAUCCGCAGCAUCAACUUGUGCUGAAGCAGUGCAAGGGUUUUACUGGAAUGAUUGCUGCCUAUUUAGAAGGCACGCUAGAAACUAUGUGCAAAUUUUUGAGUUACUUGAAAAUUUUCACUCUAGGCGAAAGCUUGGGAGCAGUGGAGAGUCUAAUAGAGCUUCCGGCAAUCAUGACGCACGAAAUGAUGGGUCAGUGGGCACGAGAUAAAAUCGGAAUCAGCGAUACUCUGGUGAGAAUUUCUAUUGGAGUUGAAGAUGUAGAUGACCUGAUUGGAGAUUUAGAUCAGGCUCUGAAGCGAUCACAGCCGACUAAUUGA